ACGGCGUCCAUCUCGAGCCAGACUACCACUGGGGAUGAGAGAACCAGUCCUGAGACCCAUUCAGAUCACAUGCCCUUGUUCGACACCACAACUACUGAGCCCGUAUCUACUAAGCCCGUAUCUACUAAGGGCAGUUCGACACUCUUCUCGCCCCGUUCUAGCUCGGACAUUUCGACAGGUGCACUCACCUCGAGCGUGUCUGUUACAGAACCCAGUGACAUAUGGACCACUGAUUCUUUCACGGCAGAAGGAAGACUCUCUACACACGAUGAACCAGAAUGGUGGACCAGCACAAGUGAAGCAAGCACGGCUGAGAAGAUACGGGCCACUGUAUCUGAGCCUCGUACCGCUACCCCUUUCCCUCCCAAUGUCGAUUCCCGUGCGACUUUCCCUACGACUGCGCCGUCCGCCUCUUCGAGAUCGGCGACGACCUUCCCGGUGACGUACUCCCAGUCUGGCAGUACCCGAGCGGCCUUCCUCACCGCGACCACUGAGCUCCCUACUUACUGGGAACCUGCAGAGUCCACCGCACAUGAGCAGUCGACCCGACCCUCUGGGAUCACCAAAUGGACCACGCCAGAGUACUUUGGCUCAACCAGGAACGAGCUGGAUACUACUACUUUUCCGGUUACUGAGUUCACUACGAGCAGUGGGUUAACUGCUAAUAGGACAAAGCCGGUCGAGACAUCGUCCACGAAGUGGGACGGCCGCAUGGGCACAACAGAGCUCGCAAUCAAACCCCAGUCCACCGAACUUCCGUCGUUCACCGAAGAGGGCACCUACCCAUUCCCCGCCGAGUCAAGCACAGACCCCAUGCGCUGGCAAUCGUCCCCGGCAGCCACGCUCAUUCAGAGGCCUCUUGCCCCCACGGACUCCUUUACCGAAGCAGCAACGGACCUCGUAAGCUCUUCUUCUGCGAGUGACGAUACCGCGGGUCUGCCCGAGUCCACCCCACGACCAACUCACUCAACCGCUCUGUGGUCACCCGUCGGGUCCACAACCCCUGCGGAGUCCUCCGGCUCCGUGUCUACGUCGCUUACCGGAGUUCUAACGCCUGCUCCGUCGACUUUCAACUCAUCUCUCUACUCGUCGACAACCCACUCAUCGAUUCCUUACCCACCCACUCCUUAUCCGACAAGCACUCAGGACACUCCCAGGUCUACUUUACCGGUCCCAUAUCACAGCACCGACAAUUUCAGCACGGCCACAGCCCCGGCUACGGCUUGGUCUUCGCUUGGGACCGAUUGGUCUUCGCCUGAGACCGGUUGGUCUUCAACGGACUGGUCUUCGAUGUGGUGGAGUUCAGGACGCUUCUCCGCUGGCGACCGGUUCACUACAACCGCCCAUCGCACCAAAGACCGAUCGUCCGAGUCUGGAGAGACAGCGACCGCCCUCCCUACCGCGCCAACAAUGAGUUCACGAACGGCCUCACUCGCGACUCCUGGGCACACGACGGGCGCCGCGGUACCGGCCCCUUCCAGCACCCCCGGGGCCGCCAGCACGGAGCUCCUCCCGGGCUGGACCAGUGUGACUGGCACAAGUGCCCCCGGCCACGCCUCGACCGGUGCUCCGACGGAACCGACCGUGACUUGGAGUUCCACCUCCGAAUGGGAACCGACCGCCACCUCGGUGCAGUCUACCCGCCAAGGCGCAACCCCGACGGACCGCUCCGCAUCACCAGAAAGAACCGAGCUCAGAACGAUCCCUAGGGAUAAUCCUCCAACCUCGCCUGGAUGGUCGGCAACCUCGCCUGGGUGGUCCACAACAUCAACCGGGUGGUCCACAACAUCAACCGGGUGGUCCGAAUCCUCGGCGGGGUCGUCCACGACUUCGGAGAUGGAUACUUCGCCUUUCCACACUCACA